AUGGACGCCUUCUGCACGAACCUCGAAUCCUUCAUCUCCAAAUACGGCCACGACGGCAAAUCCGAGCUCAACACCCUGUGCAGCAAGCACCAAGUGGAACUCGCACCGCAGACUCAUGAGGACGACACGGGAUUCACGUACGGCGGCCUGCAAAUAUCCAAGGACGGGGCGCUCCGGCUGCUCUUCGCCGAGGGAAACCUCGGCGUCAACGUCAGCGACGUGAGCCGCGACUUUCACGAAGCCCUCAAAACCGCCACCACCACCACCACCACCACCACCACCUCCUCCUCCUCCUCCUCCCCUUCUUCGGGAGGUAGGUCCGCAUUCAACAUCACCGCGCGCCAAUCCGUGCGCGAAUCAUACGACCCCGAGAUCUCCGCCACGCAGCGUGCCAUCGGGUCUCUAGUCGGCGCACCGGACAUCCGCCUUGUGCCAAACUUCGAGGCCAACGCCGCCGUUUUGGCAGAGGCGGGAACCUUGGGCAAAGUCCGUGACGACUGGGACAAGAUCCUCGGCGCCGCGAGCCUGGCUUACUUCGAGGGUCUCAAGUACCAGCUCGAGCGCGCCGGGUUCAAGGACGAUGAUCUGCUCCAGGAAGGGUGGAAGGAGGGUGUGUCCAAGGGCGAGAUCUCGCUGCGCGUGGUGGACAAGUUGCAGUCCACGAAAGGACAGUAUCAUGAGGUGUUGCUUGAGCAUGGCGUGCUGGUUAUUCAGACCACGCCAGAGUACCUUUGGACCAAUACGUCCGAUGUAGGCAGUGAGAUCUUGGAAAUACUGUGA